AGUUGUCAAAUUCAAUCUGUCAAUUUCGUCUAAGUCGAGUUGUACGCGUAUAAUCUUUAUUUUUUAUGUUUUUGUGAUCUUUCUUCGUUCAUUGACAACUAAAGAAAUCUAUUGUUGUAGUACGAUAACAAUCAAUUUUUUUCUACAUUUUAUCUCAAUUGUGUCUAUUUUAAAUAUUGGCUAACUAUGGAUUCGUCAUCCAUCGUCAGUUUUAAUAAUGAUUCUACUUUCCAAACAACGUUGAAAGGUGAAUGUAAUAAUAUCAGCGUUCAUGAGUUAGCUCUACAUGCUAUGAGAGAUCGAUGUUUAUUAUUACAAAGAAGAAUUAACGCAUUGGAAACUGAUAAUAUGCGAUUAAAACUGGAUGUGGUUAAAGCGUCAGAGUGCUCAACAUACACACCUAUGAAAGAAGACGAAAAGCUGGCUUUACAUCAAAAGAUUGCAGAGCUGAACAAACAAAAGUCUAAACUCAUGCACCAUGUUUUCAUGGUUCAAUGUGAAAAUAAAAAUCUGUGGAAUAAAAUCUCCACUUUAAAAGGUCCUGAUAAAUCCAACAAGCAGCCUUUACUACGCACUAACACAUACAUUCAUAGCACCCCAAAAAAUAGUUCACAUUACCAAGAAAAAUAUUCAGAAUCAAGUUUAGAAGAAAUAUCUCUAAAAUUGAUAAACAGUUAUAUUCAGGAGAAGUCACAGUUGGUUGAACAAUAUGAACAGAUGGCACAACUGCAGGAUAUGGAUGAUGAUCUCUUGAAUGCUGACUCAAUUGGCUUUACAUACAUUGAAGAUCCACCUACAGAUUCAUUAAAAGAAAUCCGCUGUCAAACAGAAAAAUUGCAGAGUAUGAAAAAGGAGCUUAUGCAGCAAGAAAAUGAUUUAAAACUAAUUAUAUCUAAAGUAGAAACUGUGUUGAGAGAUGGGUACAAGUGUCCGACAUGUAUUGCAAACAAUGCCAAAAUUACAACAUCAGAACAUAAGGAGAUUGAGACAAGUGACAGUCUAGCAAAUUGGGCAACACCAGCAGAUUCUAGUACAUAUAAUAACAAUUACAGUGAAUUAAACACAUCAGCUUACAAAAAAAGUAUUUUAGAAGAAAGUGAAAAAGAGAAUGUUGAUGAAGCUUGUGAUAAGAUUUGUCCAAUGUGUGGACAGAGAUUCCAAAAAGAAAUCGCUUUUUCAGAAUUCCAGUCUCAUGUUGAAAACCACUUUUUAGGGGAAGCUGAACCUGACUCUAUUACUGAUAACUUUGAUAAUGUUCCAAAUUCAUUUGAUAAUAUGAUUUAAUUUUAUGAAUUCUUAUUUAUUUAUAUAAAAUUUUGUUUAAUGACUGAUCUACAUAUGUUUUUUAUAUUUGUAUGUUUGGAUUUUUGAAUAAUUCAUCUUAGUACAUAUCACAUACAUACAUUAUAUCUUAUGGCAUAAUGUUUAGUUGCAACAUUCCAUUAAGUGAUCUUAUAUUAAUUUCUCUAUUUUAUGAUUACUUUGAAAGACAUAAAUUACAGACAGUAAUAAAGACAGGUAGGCAACAUUAAAAAAAUCAAGUGGAGUAAAAUUUCCUCAUAUAAAACUAAUUAUAGUUCUUAGUUCUAAUUCUUCUAUAGAUCUUUUAAAACAGGUUUCAAUACCUGAAAAUUGUAAAUAGAAAAUAUUUAAUUCAAUUAAUGUAUAAUUGAGUUGCUUUAUUGUUUGGAAUAAGGGCACAAUUAUCUUGUAUUACUUUAGAUAUGAUAAAUAAAUUAACUAUUCACUGAUUUAAAUUAAGUAUACUUUAGGAUUACAAUCUCUAAGAGUUAUGUUGUAGUAGAAUAUGAUAGCAAUUUAGUUUAAUUAAUUAUAUUACAAAUGACAUAAAUUAUAUGAAUAUAGAUAAAUAGAAAAUUUAAUUUUUAGCAAAUAUUUUCAAUAUGUGAUGGAAAUGAAAUACACCUCUUUUAUUUAUGA